AUGGAAGCCGCACCACGCCACAGCACAGCCCCUACGCCCACACCCGUCGGGGACUACGAGGUCCGGGAGGGCCCGGCCGUGUGCCUGCGGGUGCAAGCCGGCCUGCGGCUCCAGGUGCGCUACGUGGGCGCCGGGAAGCGCCAGCUCUGGGGCUCCUUCACCGUGCCGGCCGGCCACACCGACCACUCGGGGAGCUGCUCCAACAGGACGUCCAGCCUGACGCUGCGUUUCCCGGAGGGCCACCUCGUCUUCACAUUCCAGAAGAACGAGACCCAAGGCACGUUCUACCUGAGUCGGACACAGGCCAACCUGACGGUCCAGUUCCCACAGGCAACAGAGACGUUCUUUGCAGCCGACAAUUCCUCCCUCCGCGAGUUCGAGGCCCACCUGGGACACUCCUACCAGUGCAGGAACCGCAGCCUGGCUCUCGCCGAGGGCUUUUACCUCAACGUCCUGAAUGAGCGCGUCCAGGCCUUUGGGCUGCGAAAUGGAGCAUUUGGAGAAGCCGAGGUGUGUCCAGAGCAGAGGCGCUCAAAAGUUCUGCCCAUUGUGGUGGGAGUGGUCCUGGGCCUUCUCAUCCUGGUCGUCAUCGUGGCUUUCGUGGUGGGACGACUGCGUAACCGCCAGGGCUACCAGCCUCUCUGAGGGAUCCGGACCUGCGCACACCCCUGUGGUGCUUCAGCUGGGACAGAGCAGGGACGGGAGCUGGAUUCGGGUCCUCCCUACGUCUUGCGAGAGCUUUCCUGGGCAGCAGAAUUCGCCUCUUUGCUGCUCCUCUAACCUUUCGAUGCUAAAUUCACACUCCUCUCUCAUCUGUUGUUCGGCCUGUCAACUCAACCGAUACACGACGUCUCUCACAGGGUGAAUGUUGCAGGGGGCUCUCCAAAAAACAUUACAUAUGGGGGUCUGGCGUUCCUGGGAUGGGAAUCCAAGUGUCAUUUUGGGGACAUUCUCUUCUCAGGGAGGCAUUGGGGGGCCAUUUUAACAGGAUGCCCAGACCUGUCCAGGCAUGUCUGGUGAGACGUGCGUCCAGCUACUGGGUGGGCAGCUUCUGCCCGCUUACCCAGCCACAGGCUCCAUCUUAGUGAGGUGGAGCUUGGGUCUGAUUCAACGAGCAUGAGACCAGCGGCGUGGAGGAAGCUUCGCAUCAACUGUGGAAAAUAUUGGCCCCGAAGCGGCCACUGCGCUGCCGUUCAUCGUUCAGAGCGUUCCCUUUGCACUCCUCCGAUUUAUUUCCUCUUUUCUGCAAAUGAGCUCUGUCAGCCUCUUAAGGGACAGGUGACACCCUCUUACCUGGACCACACACACAAGUUGCUGUAAUUCUCUCAAUGCCCUCGGGACACUUAAUCACUCACAAAUAAACAACGUUUUAAA